GAGAUAUCGUAAGUUCCCCAUAUGUUAAAAUCUGAACUUGAAUUUCUCACGUACUGUACACUUCCUUCCUUGUUGCUUGACUUUCAGUUUCAACCAUCCUCCCCCUGUCUUCGCUUCUCCAUUUUACUUUCUGAUGGACUGGCAAGGGCAAAAGCUAGCAGAGCAGAUAAUGCAGGUACUGCUAUUGGUGUUUGCAGUGGUUUCAUUCGUUGCUGGUUAUGUGUUGGGAUCGUUUCAGAUGAUGAUGCUCGUAUAUGCCGGUGGCGUGACCCUCACUGCCUUGAUUACUGUUCCGAAUUGGCCUUUCUUCAACCGCCGCCCACUCAAUUGGUUGGAUCCCAGUGAGGCCGAGAAGCAUCCCAAGCCUCAGGUAGCUGUGAGUUCGAAGAAGAAAGGCACCAAGAAGUAGGGUCAUUUUGAUUUCAUCUUCCGUUGCUAGGAAGCUGAAUGGAUUUCAUUUUGAUUACUGUAGUCUGCUAGGUUACUUGAAAACAAUUGGUUGAGGGGAACCCUUAAGCAUCCCUUUUAUCUUUCCUUUGCCUCUACUAUGUUGCUAUUAAACAACUGAAGAGUAUUUUCAUUUGCAUUUGCAUCUCUUUCAU